GACCGCGGGGCCGGGAGUGCGGCGGCGGCGGCAGCAGCAGCAUGGGUCCUCGCCCGCGGCUUCGCUGAACCUCACUGGCCUGGGCUGCCCGCGGCGCCCGCAGCGGUGGCGUCAUGAAGGGGGCCCUGGGGAGCCCGGUAGCCGCCGCGGGCGCCGCGAUGCAGGAGACGUUCGGCUGCGUCGUGGCCAACCGCUUCCAUCAGCUGCUGGACGACGAGUCGGACCCGUUCGACAUCCUGCGGGAGGCCGAGCACCGGCGCCAGCAGCAGCUGCAGCGCAAGCGUCGCGAUGAGGCGGCGGCGGCCAGCGGGGCUGGGCACCGUGGCGGCAGGAGCCCUGCCGUGGCCUCAGGACACAGGCCCGGCGCGGCCGGCCGCAGGGAGUCGCAGAAGGAGCGCAAGAGCCUCGCGGUGUCCAGCGCACAGCAGCCAGACAGCCCCGGAGGCCCUCAGCCGCCAGGCCAGAAGCGGACUCCUAGAAGAGGGGAGCAGCAAGGAUGGAAUGACAACAGGGGGACAGACGUGGUGCUUGAUAGAGCAGAGCGAAGGUCCUACAGGGAAUACCGGCCCUACGACACUGAGAGACAGGCCGAGUCGACAGCGGAGAAGUUUACUGACGAAAAACCAGUUGACAGGUUUGAUCGAGACAGACCACUGAGAGGACGUGGAGGCCCCAGAGGAGGCCUGAGGAACAGAGGCCGAGGUGGUCCUGGGAACAGAGCCUUUGACUCCUUUGAUCAAAGAGGGAAACGAGAUUUUGAAAGAUAUGGUAGCAGUGAUAAAGCAAACAGAAUGGAGGACAGUAUGGGUGGCUGUGGCGUUCGCACCUGGGGAUCAGGUAAAGACACUAGUGACACGGAGCCUCCUGCACCCAUGGAAGAGACCUCGAUGAUGGAGGAGUGCCAGGGCGUCCUGGACGAGGAGUCUGCAUCCAAAGUCCCUGAGUUGGAGGUGGAAGAGGAAAAUCAAGUCCAAGAGAUGACCUUAGAUGAGUGGAAAAACCUUCAAGAACAAACCAGACCAAAGCCUGAGUUCAAUAUCCGGAAGCCAGAGUCCACAGUUCCUUCCAAGGCAGUGGUGAUUCACAAGUCCAGAUACAGAGAUGAUAUGGUGAAGGAUGACUAUGAAGAUGAGUCUCAUGUCUUCCGGAAAGCUGCCAAUGAUAUCACCUCCCAGCUGGAGAUUAACUUUGGUAACCUCCCUCGCCCUGGACGGGGAGCCAGAGGCAGCACCCGGGGAGGCCGAGGAAGAAUCAGAAGAACAGAGAACUAUGGCCCCCGAGCAGAAGUGGUGACCCAAGAUGUUGCUCCCAACCCGGAUGACCCUGAGGACUUCCCCGCCCUGGCCUAACAGCCACUCCCCUGCAGCAGAGCAGCACUAUGAAGAGACUUUCCUUGCCGCGAGAAGAGUCAGACUCUAAGAACAAUAGAUGUUGCUUUUCCCGUGUCGUGUGAAAUUGUUGCACUUUUUUGCUCUGUGGGAUAUGGAGUUCCCAUGAGGUCAGGCCCUUUCCCCAGAUGGAGACUUUUGUAAGGAAUAAUGUUUAAAAUGUGUACAUAGAUUCUAACAGUUCCAGCACAGUUAAACCUAGCACUUGGGAGGCCAGCCUGGUCUACAGAGUGAGUCGUCCUUUAGGACACGUGGAGACAGGAGAACCACUCCCUACUGUGUUUUCAUACCAUUCGAUGGCUAUUGCUCAUUUCUGUGAGCAAUUGUGGUUUAGACAUUGUACACCAGGGUCAACCCCUGAAGCAGAGGAAGUACUGGUUUUCAGUGGUGAUUUAAACUACCUCGUGGUCUGUGUGUGCAUAGGGGUUCAGGGGGUUGUUGAGUAUAAUCAUGUUUUGUAACUCAGCUGCAUUUACUAACUGUGAACAUGGGCUGGUCCCUCCCAGCCCACUCAAUCACCCCAAAUAGCUCGGGGAAAAUUCAUUGUAUGUAGGAGGGACCAGAAAUUAGCAAGGGAGGUUUGCUUGUUGUGCUUGCAAUGGAACCUUGCUCCCAAGACCUGUGCUCUCCCACCUUGGCCACAAAGUCUGAGAUGGUGCUGAACUGGAAGGUUACUAUUGUAUUCCCUCUGCACUUUGUAUAAACUGAACUCUUGGGGUGAAGGAUGCUUGCUUGGGGUGACCACCUGCUUCUGAUCCCAUGUUUAUUAAAUGAAUGAGUACAAAGGUAUAUUAA